AAUAGAUAGCAAUAAAUACGGUUCCUUCAUUGUGUUAAAAAGAUUAGAACCCAGAGCGCCAGAAGUGAUAGCCAUCAGCCAGUUAUAAAUAAAAAUAUUUAAAAUGGCGUCUUUGUGAGUUGUCCAUACUGAAACUUAAAUAGUUUCAAAUAAUUUCUAAUUACGAAAGUAUAAUUAAACCGAGAAAUGCGGUUGUGUAUUAUGUUACAGAAUAAAUUGUGAGAAUAGUAAAAUACCUAAGUUUCAGUUAUUCUACAAUAAUGUCGGAAACUGGGCAAGGCGUUUUAGCCCGCGAUAUUUGCCCAUUCCAUAAAAUGCCCCGGGAUAUUACCAUCAAUAUAUCGCCCAGGUGUAUUCUGUGCGCGUUUUAGUGCUAUUGUGUGUGGUAAUUAGUAAAAAUGGACAAGAAAAACAAGAAGAAAACUGUUAUCAAACGUAAAAGUGAUGAUACCGCCGACGGUGAGAAAAGAAAAAUGGUGAACCGUGCGAAAGCUGAAGAGGAAAAAGAUAAAGUAGAGGUGGAAGUGAACCAGGUGGUGGAAGUGCCUGUUGAGCAAGCUCAGCAGAUAGUACACACUGGACAAUUGGUUGAAGGCAACUUUGAGCAACCAGUCUUUCUCAACAUGAAAGGGGAGCCCGUGCAGUUGGGACCAAAUACGGUGAUACUUUACGAACAGAGUGGCAAUCCAUCAAAUUUUGCAUUUGGAGGUAUGUGGACUAUGGACUCAUCUGGUAGGAUUGUGAUGGCUGAGACUAUUUAUGACGUCAAGGGAGAACCGGAAGAGGAGGGGGGCAAUUUUGUACAAAACACCACUGAAGUAAAUAAUCAACCUGUAGAGGAGUCGAAUAAUACAUACCAGCAGUUUGAACUGACCAACAAUUCCCAGGUAGACGGCGGGCAAGAAUAUGAAGUGGCCAUUAUAGAAAACCCUAGUGACGGUGAAAGAUCGGAAAAGCAAGUGAUCACAACUGAAGCACAGUUGGUUGCCACAGGUUCCGGAGCGGUCCGCUGGCUUAAUCAGAAGUAUGAUUUUGUCGUAAGAAAACUGCAACUUAACUACGAUGCGGGCGUGAAGCUACUCCACUCUCCGUCGGGGAACAUCCAGUGUGUUUACUUCACAACGCCCAGCAUGCAGUUGGCAUUCAAUGCUGUGCCACAAUUCCUCUGCAUAGAGACUGGCAUAGAGUUCAACAGUACAAUACCAACAGUCGGCGGCACGGGCACCGUCAGCGUCAAAUACAAUGUCACACUAUUCCUGGCCGAAGACGGCAAUGGGAAGUCCGUUAUUGUCAGUGCAGGUAUAUCGACACUAAUCGGGGAAGACCUAACGUGGCUGUUGGAGACGUUCAAAUCGUGCAACCCCGCGUGGAGACAGGUGCGGUGCGUCGUAUGCGACCCCACGAAGAGUCGACAGGAAGUGUGUCUAGCGUUUCCCUCGUCCCACGUGUCGUGCUCCGUGUGGCAAGCGUCGCGCACGGCCGGCAAGAUGGCGUUCGAGAGCACGCUGCGAGAGAACGAGGGCUCGCAGAACUCCCCGCUAGCGGUGCUGGCGCCAGACGACGUUGCUGCCAGGUGCAAGACCUACGCCCUGGCUCUCUUGAGGGGGGACCACACUCCCGCACAGCUGCAGGUACUGAAGCGGGGUAUAAUCGGCACGGGCGCGGGCACGCUUCGCCUCUGGGAGGUGCUGAAUCGCACCAAUGGAUCCGUCUCGAAGCUCGAUUCGUGGCUCGAGCCCGACAACUAUACAAACAUACUGCACAAGGGUCUGGAGCGGUUGGUGGCCAAAUUCCAGGGUCUGGUGCGAAGUAGCAUGCAGCCGGAUGAAUUCGUGUCGCUGUUCUUCAACGUGGCCAACCAACUGGAGGAUGAACGUAGAAGCUUUGCGAUUAGCAGGUUGAGGGAUACAGAGACGUUGAAGCAGUCCCCAACGGACACCAUAACCCAAUAUGCCUACAACCUCAUGAGCCACCAGACGAAACUGGCACAGAAGUGUUUGGACGACCGGGCUGGCAGAAGGCAUAGCAGCGCAGCGAUCUGCAAGUACGGCACGUCGACGCAGGAAUGUUCAUGUUUGUUCAGCAAAGUGUUCCGCCUACCCUGCAGGCAUAUCCUGAUGCUCACCACCGAACUGAAGGUGAAAACACAUAUUCCGUUCGAGCCCCGGUGGACGGUGCAGCACUGUCUGUUCGGUUGUGAGAACGCCGCCAACAACGCGUCGGGAAAUAACGCCGGCGCGCAGGGUGGGGGUAACUUCAUGGACCAGGUGGUGGUGGAAACCGACGGCCACCGGCAGGCGAUACAGCAGCAAACGCAGCAAAUACACCAGGUCGGCGGUGUGAGACAGCAGCAAUACGUGUUGACGACGCCGGGCCAACCGGCGACACCCGUUUCACAAGUGAUAUUCUGCGGCGGUGGUGUCGGGGGUGUCGGGGGUGUCGGUGGCGCGGCGCCCGUCAUCACAUCAGUGCUGCCCCCCGGCGGAGCGGUACUUACCCCCCACCAUACGUUACACCACUAGGAAAUGGCUGAUGGCACAGAACAUAACAUGUAAAAAAAAAAACAACUAAGAUGAUUUUCGUGUUGAGGAUGCCUGUUUUUCGUCUUACAACAGUGACCCAGUUAAUCUGACAAAUGUCUGCAAUUGCAUUGGUAAAACGUGAUGAACGAUAAUUUCGUUAAUUAAUCUGGAACGGUAAUUAAUAGUUUUGUGCUUAAGAAGCAGCCUAUAUCGAGUGUCAGAGGUGCGGUGCGGCGGUGCAAACAAUUCAAUCGAUUGCGGUCCUUUUUUUCUCUAUUCCACUGCACGUUUGCCCUCGUCUGCAAUCUCACCUGGUGGUAAGUGAUGAUGCAGUCUAAGAUGGUGGGCUAAUCUGUUGGGAAGAAUGGCAGUUAUAUAGAAGCCAUGUCCCUAAUCGGCUUUGACGUGUUAUCGUACCGGAUAACUAAGUAGUUUAGGCACGUUUGGAAUAGGUACUUUAAUUUUAUAAGCUGCUUCCAAAUUUCUAAAUGCAGAAACGAAUGCCUUAAAUUUUUUAUCACCAAUGUAAUAAGUUCGCAAAUAUUUUAAAUAUUGCUUAAUGUUGAUUGAAGAGGCUGUUCAUGUGCGAGGUUAAAAAAUAACUUCGUAUUACAAGUUUUAGGAAGCGGUGAUAGCGCAGUGGGUAGGAGCUCGACCUCACUUUCGGGGGGCCGAGUCCAUUGUAAAGACUGCUUAAAUUAUCCUAACGAAGGAAUACGUUGUCCAUCACAAAAUCCUUGCUUAAAUUUAUCGUAGCUAAGGAAUAUGUGGUCCAUCACAAAAUCCUUGCUUAAAUUUAUCGUAGCUAAGGAAUACGUUGUCCAUUACAAAAUCCUUGCUUAAAUUUAUCGUAGCUAAUGAAUACGUUGUCCAUCGUAAAGUACUUGCUUAAAUUAUUCUAACGAAGGAAUACGUUGUCCAUCGUAAAGUCCUUGCUUAAAUUUAUCGUAGCUAAGGAAUACUUUGUCCAUCGUAAAAUCCUUGCUUUAUUUCUCCUAGUUAAGGAAUAAGUCGUACAUCGUAAAAUCCUUGCUUACUUUAUCCUAGCUAAGGAAUACUUUGUUCAUCGUAAAAUCGUUAAUUUAUUCUAGUUAAGGGAUAAGUCUUACGUCGUAAAAUCCUUGCUUUAUUUCUCAUAGUUAAGGAAUACUUUGUUCAUCGUAAAAUCCUUAAUUUAUUCUAGUUAAGGCAUAUGUCGUACAUCGUAAAAUCCUUGCUUUAUUUCUCCUAGU